AUGGUCAAGUAUGUGGAAGGCAGCUUUGACGAGGACUAUAUCCAAACAUUGGGAGUCAACUUUAUGGAUAAAAAGAUCCAGAUACGAAACACAAACAUCACUUUCCUGAUAUGGGAUCUCGGUGGACAAAAAGAAUUCAUCAACAUGCUACCUUUGGUAUCGAACGACGCGGUGGCCAUACUAUUCAUGUUUGAUCUCACCCGAAAGUCGACUUUGAACUCCAUCAAGGAGUGGUACAGGCAGGUCCGUGGUUUUAACAAAACCGCCAUUCCGUUUUUGAUCGGUACGAAGUACGACGAGUUUAUUGAUUUGCUGCCACAAGAUCAGACAGAAAUCACCAACCAGGCAAAGAAGUUCGGUAAAGCCAUGCGGCUGCCGGUGAUCUUCUGUUCCACCAGUCACUCCAUUAAUAUUCAGAAAAUCUUCAAGAUCAUAUUGUCCAAGGCUUUCGACUUGAAGCUUAACAUCGAGGAGAUUGUCAAUAUUGGCGAGCCAAUCUUGAUUUACAAGAAGGAUGGUGCUGGCUCGUAG